UGUCUGCACAUGUCCGCCCAUCAUGGGCUCUUCAGUUUCGCUCUCGUGGGUCACAUUCUCGCUCGUCAUGCUCUCCCCCUCUCCAUCAUCUCUUCUGGCAUUGAUCUUCCAACCCUUCGCUGGAUCACCCCCAAACGCGUCCCAAGCAAGCGGGUCUUAUAUCAGUAGUGUGGCAGAUUCAAUUUUCUCUUCGCGGUCUUGCCCGGCGACGAUAUUGCAGCUCAACUCAUCCUUUUGGAGUGGUACCAUGGCGGCUUGUCAUCUGCUCGCGUCUCGUUUGGUGACUAUGGAAUCCACUGGACUUCGGCGACUGGGAGCAAGUGUUGCGUAACGCAGCACAGCAAGCAGACAAUGCUUAAAAACCUGUCCUUGAGCGAAGCGUAUGUUUCUCUGGAGCGGGUCACAAAGCUCAUUACCAACAUCGUAAGCAGAGCGUCGU